UUUGAUCAAAUUGCAUUGAUCUUUUCUUCUUUUUUUUCUUACAUCCAUUUGUUUUUGAAACUGCUGAAUUAUUUUCUAUAUUCACGUCCCAAAGCUUCGCAAGUGAAGAUGGCUUUCAAACAUGUUUUUAAAACAAAUAUCCUACAAUAGAAAGAAUAAAAAAUAAAAAGAGCAAAUCUUACGUCAUAAAUCUUUCUUACUUUUACUUUAGAGAGUAAACGUCAUGACAUAAAUAAGAGAUAAAUAACAAAUAAUGCUAUAAUGGCCCCCUCCAUUAACGUUUUAUUGUUCUCUUUCUAUUUGAGUUCCUGUGAUGUCUUGCACAUCCCGUGACCUGAUCUAUCCAUUCGACGGCUGUGAUCGAGCGUGUUAUCGUGCUCCGCUCGCCCCCUUUCUUGCUUCAAAUCGUCGGGCGGGAAACCGAAAAACAUUUCCAUCUCUCUCGUUUGCUCGUUAGGGUUCCACUUCCAGGUCGAGACGCUUCAAACCCUAGCUUCCGAUCACCGCCAAGAUUUCGUUGCCUAGGGUUCUUCUUUCGAUUCCGUGAUCUUGGAUCUCCGCCUUCGCGAUGGGGCCGAGGAGCUAGGGCCGCCGAUGGGCGUUUCGCCUCCGUCUUUUGAAGAUGAGCGGUAGAGACGACUUAGUGGGAUGCGACGAGUCCGGUGGAACGCGAUUCCACUUCCUCCAACCCAAUCGCGACCUCCAAUCUAACUGGGAGGUCGACCUCGCCAAGAAGCUUGAGGAGUACCUCUUGAAGAUCUGCUCCGGCGAGAUUUCUUCUGAUCAGGACCACGAGCUCAACUCCGUGAACUUUGCCGAAGCUGCGCUGCUGCUACAGGGCUCCAUUCAGGUGUAUAGCCGGAAGGUCGAUUUCCUUCAUUCGCUGGUCUUGCAUGCCUUGGAGUUUCUUUCGCAGAAGAGGCAUCAUCAAGAUGAAAAUGCUUCUAGUCAGCCAGAUGCAAAUGGAGAUGAAUCCAAUGCAUUUUUUGAUGAAGGGAAUGAAUUUUUUUUGGGGUUAGAUGAUGUGCCAGUUGUAGCAAAGAAUUGUCUGGAUGAUGAGCCUGAGAAAAAAGAAUCUUCAAAGCAUUUUGCCAAGCCUCCUGCCAAUUUGCUUGUGCUAGAAGGAGACUGUUUAGAUUCCUGUGGUGACGGUAGUGAAUUAGAAACGUAUCUGUUAGCAACCUGUGAUUUUUAUGGAGAUUUUCUUUUGUUAGAUCCUUGUGAUGCUAGAGCAGUUUAUGAUUUUUCAAGAACAGGCAGUUCAGUGAGAUCUAAAAAACGCCGCAGUCCAUUAAAAUCUCCAAUUAUAAGAUCUGGGGGAACUGCUCAUAAAUCAAGUCUUGGGAAAAACCAAGGCAUAAAUAUAAAUGAAUUUUCAGAGGAUUGUUGUGGCUUUGGGAUCAACAAUGACACCCAGUUUGCUGGAUCACAUGUUGACCAUGGUUAUCCUGAUGAUGACAUGCAUCAUGUAGAUGAACCCAAUUUUGCAUGUUCAAAUCCUCAGGAUGAAUCUGAUGACGAUAUUGAUGAUCCCUGGAAGCCAUUGAAUCCUCAUGAACCAGGAAACUUGAAAGUAAAACCAUUUAAAAGAGUAAAGGGAUUUGGAAGGCAUGUGACUCAUUAUUCUAGGCGGAACACCCAGACUUCUCAGUUUCCUAUUGCAAAACUUGAUGCUAUCAUUGAUCCAGAGUUUGCAGAAUCAUUUAAAGCACAACAAAGUUUGCAGAAAAGAUUGCACGAAUCUGAACCACUGCCUCUCUUUGAAAAGCUAAGAAGAACUCUCAACUUUGGAGAAGAAGUAACCUAUGACUGUUUUUGUGAUUUUGGGGAUGACAUUGGUGAGAAUGGAGUUGAGAAUGAUGUUCCUGACUUUAGUCAAGAGGAAACUGAUUUACCAAAUGAGAUGGAUGAUACAGAUGCAGAAGGACCUCUCUGCAAUGAAAAGCAAGGUGAUGGUGCAAAUACCUCUGAUGGUGUUAAAGCUUUCGAACAAGAGAAUCCAGAUUUGCAUGCAAACCUUGAAGAUUUGUGUCGGGCACACCUGGAUUCCCUGCUUGCUAGCAUAGCCGAAACUGAGAAGCAGACAGAGAUGGCUGCACGGGUUUCAACUUGGAAGCAGCGAGUUGAGCAAACUUUGGAAGAGCAAGAGAUAUGCCCGCCUUUUGAUAUUCACUUGUAUGGUGAGAGAAUCUUGGACAAACUUUUGAUAGAAGCAGAGAGUGGAGACGGCAUACCCUUUACAAAUGUUGUUAAGGGUCAAUCCAAACAUGAAGUUGCUAGAAUGUUUUCUGCACUGCUGCAGCUGGUAAAUAAUGGGAAUGUUGAUCUCCAAACAGCUCCAGCCAAGGGUGAGCUAGUAUGCCACACGGAUUUAAAUCCUUUUUAUGUCAAGCUCACUGGCAACGGUAGCAGAAGAGGGGAAAUUAAUGACCGUUCAGCAAGGAAAAGAUUGAAGUCACCUGUUAGAAAAGUGUGCAAGAAAACUAAUUUCUCUACUUCAGAGGCCAUCUCACCCUCAAACUCAGCAGCUCAGAAUGGCAGGUUCUCUGCUAAGCUUGGUAAGGGCAGCAUCAUCAGGUUUACACCUGAUGGGAAAAGAAGACGAAGGUCUGCUCGUUUUAUCGAACCAUUUGAUUUACGGUCUACAGGCUGAUGUAAAGCAACUCGCUUCUCAGCCCAAUUUGUUGUAACAAAUGGUUAGGUAUUUUCAGUACUGUAACACCAGUUUCAUGUCUGUGGGAAGGCAUGUGUAUUACUAAUUUAUGGUUCUUGUACAUCAUUUAUUAAUACAAGCCUAGGUUUUUCAUCUUUUCUAUUUUA